AUGCACGUCCUUCUCCUCGGUGGCCACGGCAAAGUCGCCCUCCAUCUGACUCCUCUCCUCCUCGCCCGCGCUUGGAACGUCACCAGCGUGAUCCGCAACCCCGACCACGAGCCCGAAAUCCGCGCUCUGGGACAGGGCAAGAAGGGUUCCCUCCAUGUCCUUCUGUCCAGUCUCGACGACGUAAAGACCGAAAAUGACGCCAAGAGUAUCAUUGACCGUGUCCAGCCGGACUAUGUCGUUUGGUCUGCCGGUGCCGGCGGAAAAGGCGGCCCAGCACGCACGCAGGCCAUCGACGAAGUAGCUGCCAAGAACUUCAUCUCCGCAUCCUUCGCCAACACCAAAAUCACCAAAUUCCUGCUCGUCUCGCACAUCGGCAGCCGCCGCAAGCAGCCCUCCUGGCUCUCCGACGACGAAUGGGCGCACCUCCAACACAUCUCCAACAACGUCCUCCCCGCCUACGCGAAAGCAAAGCUCGAGGCCGACGAGUAUAUGACCGCCCUCGCGGCGAAGCAGCAGCGGAAGCCGUUCCAGGCGAUUAAUUUGCGGCCGGGGACAUUGGCGGAUACGCCUGCGACGCGGAAGGUGCAGUUGGGAAAGACAGCAGGAAGGGGAACGAUUACGAGGGAAGAUGUGGCAAUUGUGGCGGAUCAGUUGCUUGCCAGGGAUGAUACGAAUGGAUGGUAUGAUUUGUUGAAUGGGGAGGAGCCGGUGGAUGAGGCUGUUGAGAGGGUGGUUAGGGAGAAGAUUGAUACGGUUGAAGGGGAGGAUGUCGAGGGGAUGGUUAAGCGGUUCUCUUGA